CGAAAUAAUUGUUUUACCAAAUCAUUUAAGUCAUUUGAAAGUGAUUAAUGGUGGAAUGAUCGGAAUGUUAAUCAAUAUCUCUGGAUCAUUGGCGAUAGCCUCAAAAGGAAUGUUAUCCUCUGCAGGAGUUAGUACAGAUAUAAAUGUCUCAUUCAUCAAUUCUGCUAAAGAAGGAGACAUUUUAUUAAUAAAUUCAGAAUGUAUAAAAUUUGGUAAAGCAAUGGCAUAUACCGAUGUAAAAAUAUAUAACAAAAAUACCAAAAAACUAAUUGCUCAAGGAAGACAUACAAUGUAUAUUGCAGUUGCGUUAACACAACAAGAACAAGCAAAAUUUUAA